UGCGCGCUUCCUUGGUGGAGAUUGGGACGCCCUCAUAGCAGAGGCGCUCCACCGCCGCACACCCCUCGCGGCAUGCACGACACGCCGCGCCCGCGCCGCGACUCCGACGCCUGACGAGCGCCGCAUUGCCCGUUGCCUCCGCCUGGCAGCGUGCAAUGAGACGUCACGUGCUUGUGCGGCCUUGGAGUCGGCAGAGGCGGCCCCGGACGGAGAUCAGACGGUGCACCGCCUACGGGCGAAGCACCCUUGCGCGGAGCGCCCCAUCCCAGCAUGGGUGGCCUCCUUCCGGGAUGCAGCCCUGGUCCUGAGCAUUGAGCAUCUGCGCAGGGCCAUUUUCACCGCUCCGAGGGGCUCUUCGGGAGGACCUUCGGGAUGGGUGGCCGAGCACUUCCGCGACACCUUCUUGGCCUUCCCGAAGGCCCUCCCUACCUUGCUUGCUGUCUACCAGCAGUGGCUCCGGGGCGACUGCGCCCCGGCCGCACUUCCCAUGCUGGCAUCAUCCACCCUCGUCGCGCUCUCCAAGCCGAACAUGGACGUUCGGCCGAUAGCCAUAGGCGAGAGGCUGGCACUGGAGCCAGUGCUGGCGGACGGGGACGUGCAGCUGUGGUCAUACGCGGAUGACACGUGGCUGCGCACCUGCUCUCAGCAUGCGUCAGCACGCGCCCUCAGUACCUAGCGCGCACGGUCCCGCCCACACAGGCGGUGCGCUCCAUCUUCGCGCGCUGGGACGAUGGCCUCGGCGAGGCCUUCCAGCGGCUAUUCGUCGCGGGCACCUGGAGCGGAGGAGGAGAGAUACGCGGCGCGGCCUUGGACCAGGCAUUUCUGCCCAUUAGGCUGG